AUGGCUGCUCAGCGGUCGUGGAAAUCGCACUUCAUACCUCGGAAGUUGCUUUUCUAUUUCAUCUUCCAUGGAUUGCACGUCUUUCUCUUUGCCUUUGGCUGGUACAAGCAGGCGGCCGACGAUAGAUUAGCCGCCUUGAACGGCCUCAAAUUUUCCGUCUGGAUAUCUCGCGGUGCUGGUCUGGUCUUGUCUUUCGACGUUCUUUUCAUUCUCCUGCCCAUGUGCAGGACCCUCCUUCGUGUGAUCCGCCCCAAGAUCCGAUGGCUGCCUCUCGAUGAGUCCCAGUGGUUUCACAGACAAGUCGCCUACGCCAUGCUUUUCUGGACCUGCUGGCACGUUCUUGCGCACUAUGUGAAUUUCUUCAAUGUCGAAAAAACUCAAGUCCGCCCUGAGCUAGCUCUACAAAUUCACUACACGCAAGCUGGAGGAAUUACUGGUCACGUCAUGCUUCUUUGCAUGCUACUAAUCUACACUACUGCACACCACAGAGUCCGCCAGCAAUCUUUCGAGACGUUCUGGUACACUCACCACCUGUUUAUUCCGUUCCUCCUUGGAAUGUACACGCACGCUACGGGCUGCUUCGUCAGAGAUAGCGUGGAGCCAUUUUCUCCCUUUGCCGGCGCCAACUUCUGGAACCACUGUAUUGGAUAUCAGGGCUGGCGCUGGGAGCUCUGGGGCGGUGGUAUCUACUUGUUCGAGCGCCUCUACCGCGAGGUACGGGCAAGGCGUGACACGCGGAUCGUCAAGGUUGUGAAGCAUCCAUACGACGCCGUCGAAAUCCAGUUUACCAAGCCCUCGAUGAGGUACAAGCCUGGCCAAUGGUUGUUUAUCAACUGCCCCUCAGUCAGCGGCUAUCAGUGGCAUCCAUUCACCAUCACGUCCUGCCCGUAUGACCCUUACAUUUCGAUCCACGUUCGCCAAGUCGGUGAUUUCACCCGCGCUCUCGCCGAUGCUCUCGGUGCGGGUCCUGCCCAGGCGAAGCUUUACGAUGACAUGGACCCCAACGGGAUGUACGAGAUUGCCCUCCAGCACGGCCAAGAGAUGCCCGCAAUCCGUAUCGAUGGGCCCUAUGGAGCACCGGCUGAAGAUGUCUUCGAUAACGAAAUCGCGGUUCUGAUCGGAACGGGUAUUGGUGUAACUCCGUGGGCCUCGAUUUUGAAGAAUAUCUGGCACAUGCGCCUGUCACCCAACCCACCCAAGCGUCUCCGCCGUGUUGAAUUCAUCUGGGUCUGCAAAGACACCAGCUCGUUCGAAUGGUUCCAGGCGCUGCUGUCCUCUCUCGAGGCGCAGUCAUUGGGGUCGUCCGACCCUAAUGGACAGGAGGAUUUCCUGCGCAUCCACACUUACCUCACCCAAAAGGUCGACGUCGACACUGCCAACAACAUUGUCCUCAAUUCGGUCGGCACAGACAAGGACCCCCUCACUGAGCUCAAAUCUCGAACCAACUUCGGCCGGCCCGACUUUACGAAACUCCUUGUGGGUAUGCGCGAUGGCAUCAUGACACGUAGCUACAUGAGUGGUCUGGAGAGCAGUCUGCGGACCGAUGUGGGAGUGUACUUCUGCGGCCCCAGCGUCGCUGCUCGCGACAUCAACAAGGCCUGCAAGGCCGCAACGUGCCCGGACGUGCGGUUUAGGUUCUGGAAGGAGCACUUCUAG